GCGAGGAAGGCGAGUGUGAUUUCGUUCGUGCCGGGGGGUUCCGAUCACACCACAAAUUUGAAUCGAUCCCUCCAGGCUCCACCACGACGGCGGCGGCGGUGGCGGGGGUUCGGUGGUGGCUGAGACGGAGGAGAUGGCGGCGGCGGCGGCGGCGGGGAGCGGCGGGGUGAAGUGCCCGGUGGCGAUGAAGGCGACGUCGCAGGGGGCGUUCCAGGGGGACAGCCCGCUGGACUUCGCGCUGCCGCUCGCCAUCCUGCAGAUCUGCCUCGUCGUCGUCGUCACGCGGGGGCUCGCGUACCUCCUCCGCCCGCUCCGCCAGCCCCGCGUCAUCGCCGAGAUCAUCGGAGGGAUGCUGCUAGGUCCGUCGGUUCUUGGCCGGAGCAGCCAGUUCAUGCAGCACGUCUUCCCGCCGAAGAGCAUGUCGGUUCUGGACACGCUCGCCAACAUCGGGCUGCUCUUCUACCUCUUCCUCGUCGGCCUCGAGCUCGACAUCUCCGCCAUCCGCCGCGCCGGCACCAAGGUGCUCGCCAUCGCGCUCGCCGGCAUCUCCGUCCCGUUCGCGCUCGGCAUCGGCACGUCGUUCGCGUUCCGCGCCACCAUCGUCAAGGGCGCCCCGCAGGCGCCGUUCCUCGUCUUCAUGGGCGUCGCGCUCUCCAUCACCGCCUUCCCGGUGCUCGCCCGCAUCCUCGCCGAGCUGAAGCUCCUCACCACCGACGUCGGCCGCAUGGCCAUGUCCGCCGCGGCGGUCAACGACGUCGCUGCCUGGAUCCUGCUGGCGCUCGCCGUUGCCCUCUCCGGCUCGGGCUCGCCGAUCAUUUCGCUCUGGGUGCUCCUCACCGCUGCUGGCUUCGUCGUCGCCGUUGUGUUGCUGCUCCGCCCGGUGCUCGCGUGGAUGGCGCGGCGAUCACCUGAGGGAGAGCCCAUCAAGGAGUCCUACAUUUGCGCCACCCUCGCCAUCGUCCUCGCCGCCGGCUUCUUCACCGACACCAUCGGCAUCCAUGCGCUGUUUGGUGCUUUCGUGGUCGGCAUUGUCGUCCCCAAGGACGGGCCCUUCGCCGGCGUGCUCAUCGAGAAGUUGGAGGACCUCGUCGCCUCGCUCUUCCUCCCGCUCUACUUCGUCUCCAGUGGCCUCAAGACCAACGUGGCCACCAUCCGAGGAGCCAAGUCAUGGGGUCUGCUCGUGCUCGUCAUCGUCAAUGCGUGUCUCGGCAAGAUCGGCGGCACGGUGAUCACGUCCUUCCUCGUCAAGAUUCCUGUCCGGGAGGCCGUCACGCUGGGGUUCCUGAUGAACACCAAGGGGCUCGUCGAGCUCAUCGUCCUCAACAUCGGCAAGGACCGCAAGGUGCUCAACGACGAGUCGUUCGCCAUCAUGGUGCUCAUGGCGCUCGUCACCACCUUCAUCACCACGCCCGUCGUCAUGGCGGUGUACAAGCCGGCGCGGCCGGUGGUACCGUACAAGCGCCGCACCGUGGACAGCCGGGACGCCGACGGCGAGCUGCGCGUGCUGGCCUGCUUCCACACCAACCGCAACAUCCCGACGCUGCUCAACCUCGUCGAGUCGUCGCGGGGCACCGGGCGCGGCCGCCUCGUCAUGUACGCCAUGCACCUCGUCGAGCUGUCGGAGCGGUCGUCGGCCAUCUCCCUCGUGCACCGCGCGCGCCGCAACGGCAUGCCGUUCUUCAACUCCGGCGACAAGCAGACGGAGCAGAUGGUGGUGGUGUUCGAGGCGUUCCAGCAGCUGAGCUCGGUGCGGGUGCGCCCCAUGACGGCCAUCUCCGACCUCGACACCAUCCACCGCGACGUCGUCGACAGCGCCGUGUCGAAACGCGCCGCCAUCGUGGUCAUGCCGUACCACAAGGUGCUCCAGCACGACGGCGCCUUCCAGUCACUCGGCUCGGCGUACCACGCCAUCAACAAGCGCGUGCUCCGCGAGGCGCCCUGCUCCGUCGCUGUCCUCGUCGACCGUGGCCUCGGCGGGCACGCCCAGGUCGCCGCCAAGAACGUGGCGUUCUCCGUCGCGAUGCUCUUCUUCGGCGGGCCGGACGACCGCGAGGCGCUGGCCUACGCGGCGCGCAUGGCGGAGCACCCAGGCGUCGCCGUGACGCUCUCGACGUUCCGGCCGAGCCGCCCGGUCCCCGACGAGGACCGCGCCACCGACGAGGCGGCGGUGGCGGCGUUCAAGUCCAAGGUCGGCAUGGCGAAGGACGGCUCCGUGCGCUUCGAGGAGCAGGAGGCAUGCACCAGCGAGGAGGUGCUCGAGACGAUCAACUCGCUGUCCAUGUUCAGCGUGUUCGUGGUGGGGCGGAUGCCGCCGACGGCGCCGCUGGUGGAGAACCCCGACGAGCUCGGCCCAGUUGGGAGCUUCCUUGCUUCGCCGGAGUUCAAGACGUCGGCGUCGGUGCUUGUCAUCAAGAGGUACGACCCGGCGACGAACCCGGCCAGCAAGAGCUUCAACCCGAGGGCCAAGCCGCCGGCCGGCACAGACGAGGACGCGCUCGACGAGGAGGUGGACCGCUCUGUCCCCUAAUUGCCAGCCUUUGGUAAUUAAUUUGUUCAUUUAAAAAUACGUUCUUUUCUUUUUUGCACAAAGCAUAUGCAAUUAUAAAAAUUUUAAGAUUCGUAAUACUAGUUAGCACAGGAUGUAUAGAGUUAUAUACAAUUAUUAUUCCUUCAGUUGUAGUUUCCAAAGGAGGAUGUAUAAAGGUUUAUAUUGUUACGGUUUAUACUCAAAGUAUAGCUUCGACAUUGAGCCAGCAUUGGUUUAUUCAGCACAGUGGCUCAGCAAGUUGUUUGGCCUAGUUCUUAUUUCCAUUAGCUUGGGACAUUAUUUUUAUUUCCAUUAGCUUGGGACAU